GGGACAGGAACCGGAAUCAGAGACAGGGAGCGGGGUCAGCACAGGAAUCGGAACCAGGACCUGCGGCCUCCCCUCAGCCCGCCAGCCCCGGGUUCCGCUGUGGGGCUGUCGGGGCCGGGCCGGCGGCCUCUGCAUCACCGGGAUCUGGCCGGAGUUGUCAGCUCGGAGAAGGAGUGGCUGCCGCGCUUUGCUGAGGAGAAAAACUGACUUAUCGUGCGGCAGUUACAGAGCUUUUCACAAGCUCCUGGUUCUGAGGGAGUGCUGGCAGUUCCCCUUGCCCUUUGGCCCUCUCGUUCCCGAGGCAAUGCCCAAAGUGAAGAGGAGCAGGAAGCCUCCCCCGGAUGGCUGGGAGCUAAUCGAGCCCACACUGGACGAGCUGGACCAGAAGAUGAGAGAAGCUGAGACAGAGCCACACGAAGGGAAGAGGAAAGUGGAGUCCCUCUGGCCCAUCUUCAGGAUCCACCACCAGAAAACACGUUACAUCUUUGAUCUCUUCUACAAGAGGAAAGCAAUCAGCAGAGAGCUCUAUGAGUACUGCAUCAAGGAGGGCUAUGCUGACAAAAACCUGAUUGCCAAGUGGAAGAAGCAGGGCUAUGAGAACCUCUGCUGCCUGCGCUGCAUCCAGACUCGGGACACCAACUUUGGCACCAACUGCAUCUGCAGGGUCCCCAAAAGCAAGCUGGAAGUGGGCAGAAUCAUUGAGUGCACUCACUGUGGAUGCAGAGGCUGCUCUGGGUGAAGCCUUUUGCCAUCAAACUUGUUUUUUGAACUCUGAGGGACAUCCUCCUCCUCCUCAAUGGACUAUGAGUGCAAUUACAGCCAUUUUCUGUGAUGGGCUAUUUCUGUAUUAAAUUAAAGCAUCAGCAUGAUCACCUGGAUCAUGCAUAAAUGGGGGGGCUUUGGAGUAGGGUUUUGUGUAGCCAUUUAUUUUAAAAUAAAGCUUGCCUUCCUGAGA